GUGGGGGCGGGGAGAACAAGUGUGAGGUGGAAUUCGAAAUGUGCCCUUCGGAGUUCGGACGAGGUCAGACAGACUUGGAAACAUGAACCGCGUCGCUUGUCUUCGUCUUCGAGCGAGCGCCGCCACCCCUCCCUUCGCAUCCCGCUGCCGAGCAGCGCCCCAGCCCCCUGGUUCCGUCUCUCGUCUUACUCCUCGUGCGAGCGCCUCCACCGCAGUGGAGGGCGAGGUUGAGAGCGCGAGCCAAUUUGAAGAACGGCUGUUUGGAGAGCAGACAGGAUCAAAUGAUAGCCCAUUCUUCCGGAAGCUCGAUGGGGUUGGGAACUCCUUUAGAAGACCUGGGAUGGGCAGCUUUGGUCAGAACAGUGACAGGGGUAACUUUGGGUUUGGAGGCAGGAGUAGUUCUGGGUUCAUGGAUGGUUUCGAUUCCUUGAACGAUGGCAUGAACGAGAAAUUGGAUGACGCAGCCCGCACCUUUCAGAUGACGGAGGAGGUUGACGAUGAGGACUACGAUUUCAGGCCCGAUGUGGAUUGCAGGCGAGGCUCAACUUACAAUGUCCGGGAUCUUGACCUUACGAGGCCAGCAGCCCCAAGGAAUCCUCCUAGACCUCAGUUUGAAACAUCGACAAAGGAGGUUUUAAGAAAAGCCGAUUUUAGGAAUGUUAGAUUCCUCUCCAACUUUCUUACAGAAGCUGGCAUUAUCAUCAAGAGGAGUCAGACUAAGAUAAGUGCGAAAGCUCAGCGCAAGGUUGCGAGAGAGAUAAAAACCUCGCGUGCGCUGGGUCUUAUGCCUUUCACGACGAUGGGUAAGAGACCAUUCAUCUUUGGCAGAAGCGUGGAGGAGGAUGCUUCUGAGGAGGAAAAUGGGUACGAAUUCGUGGAGCAGGAGGCCAGGCCAGAAGACAUUGUCAACGAUGAUGUGCCUGAUGUGGAGACAGCGUAAACAGUCCUGAGGGCAUGUGUCUUUUCCGCAAGCCCUCUGUUUCUUCUGUUACUCUUGUUUGACACAGCUCGGCAUGCAUACCCGACCCACAGUUUUACUUGCUCAGAGCCCCAAUAAACUGUUGGCUUGCGCAUGUUAUAUUUCAACAGUAACAAAUGAUUUCCACCGUGGCAAUCCUGGUGAGACAUGUGCCUAGUUAAAUGAUGUGAGAAGUUUGACGCUGGCCAUAGUAAGUUCAGUUUUAUGUUUGAUGUUUACCCAGCUCGCUUCAUCAGAACUACAUGUGACCAUGUAUUGGUGUUGGACAUAUUUGUUUUUUUAUUGCUUAUAAGAUUCACCU